GGAUUAGAUUACAUUGUUGUUGAGGCACGAAAGCAUAACAUUCGAUUAAUCCUCAGCCUCGUAAACAACUUAAAAGCUUAUGGUGGCACUGCUCAAUAUAUUAGGUGGGCGCAAGAAGCAGGUACAAACGUAUCUACAUCAAGAGAUGCAUUCUUUACCAACCCAACGAUCAAAGCGUACUACAAGUCUUUUGUCAAGGCUGUUGUGACGAGAAAAAACUCUAUAAGUGGAGUUAAAUAUUCGGAAGAACCAGGCAUAUUUGCGUGGGAACUCAUAAAUGAGCCUCGUUGUGAGUCCAGUAAAUCAGCUUCUGCUCUCCAGGCGUGGAUAGGGGAGAUGUCUGAAUUUGUCAAAAGUUUGGAUCAGAAGCAUCUUGUGACUGUUGGACUCGAGGGGUUUUACGGUGUGGAAAAAACCGGAGGUGUUGGAUCGAACCCAGGGAAAUGGGCUGCAUCACUUGGAGUGGACUUCAUUGAGAACUCUGCGAUUGACAACAUCGACUUUACUUCCGUUCAUGCUUACCCCCACAGUUGGAUCAAAGGUAUAAAUCCAGACGCGAAAGUAGAUUUUCUAUCGCGUUGGAUUGAUUCUCACAUUGAUGAAGCUGAAAAGAUCCUUAAGAAGCCGGUUCUUUUCACUGAAGUUGGUUUCCCUUCGAGUGUACAGAAGAACAACGGCUUAUACGACAGAAAUAUUUUUCUGAAAAUAGUCUACGACAAGAUUUACGAGUCAGCAAAGAAGAGGAAAGCCGGUGCAGGAGCCUUAGUUUGGCAAUUAUUGGUGGAAGGAAUGGAACGAUAUGGUGACAAGUUCUCGUUUAUAGCCUGGAACCAUCCCUCGACCUAUAAACUGAUGGUACAACAAUCUUGCUGACUACUCAAUACAUCUACUCAAGGUCUCACACAAAAAAAACUCAAUAAAAACCAUCCUUGUUUGGCUAAUGCAUCUUAAACAUGAAUGU